CAGUCAAAUGGUCAGAGCAGCGCGUUAAAAGCGUCUCGUUUGGGUUGUAUGUUGGACUUGUGUAAGGAGGAGAUGUUACUCUGACAGUUUAUCUCUUGCUCGGAUGGAAGCAAAAUGGCUGCAGAGAACGCUGCUGCCAGCUGUGUGGCUGUGCAGCGUGCUGGCUGCUCAUCAGGUCGACAGCUGCCUGCAUCCUUGUAGCAAAUGUUUAGGACAGGAAAAUGACCUUUGCAAAGAGUGCAAGACUGGAUGGGAUCUCUAUAAUUUCACAUGUGUAGACAUCGAUGAGUGUGGCACUGAGCUGGGUGCCUGCUCUCCAAACAGUUUCUGCUUCAAUAUAGAAGGCUCCUUUGAGUGCAGAGGCUGUGAUGUGGCCUGUGUUGGCUGUAUGGGUGGUGGACCAGCUCGCUGCAGGAAAUGUGCUCCUGGGUACAGACUGAUGGGCUCCAAGUGUUUAGAUAUAGACGAAUGUGGUGACAGAGUCCUUGCCUGUCAUGGUCUGGAUGAGAUCUGUGUCAACACAGAAGGCUCUUUCCGCUGUGAGUGUGCUGAAGGCUUCUUCAUGAAGGACAGCGUUUGUUUGAGGAAGCAGCUGCCCAAUGCUCAAGGGAAAGGUCUCUUUGAGGAUCUCCAAGAUGAUGAAGUGGAGGUGCUGCAGCAGAUGUUUUUUGGGGUGGUGCUUUGUGCUUUGGCCACGCUGGCAGCCAAAGGAGAUCUGGUCUACACAUCGAUAUUCAUGGGAGCAGCAGCAGCCAUGGCAGGUUACUGGCUCUCAGACAGGGGUAAUAGUGUCUUAAACAACAUCCUGAAAGGGCGCUAAUGCUCCAAAUAGUAAUAAAAAGGACACAUUUAGCCUUAGAUAUGAAAAUAAAUCCAGUUGGUUGAAACAAGUGCCUUAUAUUCUGAAAAAAAAAAUCCACAGAAACACUUUCAAUGUUCUGAUGAGCCUCAUUAAUCCGAUUAAAAGCACCUUUUGUAAACAA